AUGAAGUUAUUCGCCAGUCUGCUCUCCAUCGCGUCCAUUGCCGGCGCUAUCAGCCAGGUUUCAGCUUAUCCUGGUCCAGGUAAUGUGCAAGGCGCCACUUUUGUGCAUGACCCAAGCAUGAUCAAGGUCGGCAACACGUACUACGUCUUUGCCACCGCUCCCGGCAUUUCCAUCAAAACCUCCACCGACCGUACCAACUUCGUCGACGCUGGCGUCGUAUUCCCUAACGGUGCCCCAUGGUGUGAUACCUGGACCGCGGAAGACAAGAACCUCUGGGCUCCCGACGUCUCCUACGCCCACGGUCAAUUCAUCCUAUACUAUUCCUGCUCCACCUUAUAUUCGCGCCGCUCGGCCAUCUAUUUGGCUACAAGCGCCACCGGGCGUUCAGGGUCUUGGGUAGACCACGGAUUAGUAGUCUCCUCCAACAACGGCGACGCCCUGAAUGCCAUCGACCCCGGCCUCGUCAUCGACGGUAACAACUGGCGCCUGACCUACGGUUCCUUCGGAAGCGGGAUCUUCAGCAUCGUCCUCGACCCUACGACCGGUCACCCGAAAGACAACGCAAGAACUCGCCUCGCGACCCGUACUGUGAAUGACGGCGCCGUCGAAGGCGCCUACAUGCACAAGAUCGGCGCAUUCUGGUACCUGUUUGUAUCCUGGGACAGGUGUUGCCAAGGAGCUGCUAGCACAUACCACAUCAUGGUCGGGCGUUCCCAAUCUUCCAACGGGCCUUUCUUCGACAAGAACGGCGUCAACUUGGCGAACGGCGGUGGCACCGAAAUCCUUGGCGGUCACGACGGCAUCCACGGGCCCGGAGGGCAAAGUGUGUUCCGGGAUGUUGACGGCGACCUGUUGGUGUACCACUACUACGACAACGCUGGCGCUGCUAGGCUGGGUAUCAACAAAUUGGUACUCGACGGAUCCGGCUGGCCGGUCGUUGUAUGA